AUGGUCGGAUGUCGCCAGUGUCAAGCGCCCGUGGAUUGCAAGUCGAGUGCGUUCGAGAGCACUCUGGGGGAGCAUAGGAGCAUGUCGCCAUGCACCAUGUGGCGUGGGCAAGCUUCAACACAAGGCCGCUUCACCACAGCUGCGUGUAACGAUAAGCACGAGAGCCAGGACCGGAACAGGGACCAAGCAAGUCGGACCAAGUGA